GUCCCGGAAGCGGCGGCCCGGGAGCGAGGCCCGGGAGCGGGGCCCGGGCGGGCGCGAUGUCGGGGCUCCUGCACACCACGCUGAGCGGGCUCAACAGCGACUCGUACUGCGAGAUCAGCCAGUACCGCGACCAGCACUUCAGGGGCAGCAGGCAGCUGCAGGAGAAGUCCCUGAAGAUCUCCUCCACGCUGUACGUCGGCAACCUGUCCUUCUACACCACCGAGGAGCAGAUCCAGGAGCUCUUCUCCAAGUGCGGGGAUGUCAAGAGGAUUGUCAUGGGUCUGGACAAGAUCAAGAAGACCCCCUGUGGCUUCUGCUUUGUCGAAUACUACACGAGGGCAGAUGCCGAGCACGCCAUGCGGUUCAUCAACAGCACGCGGCUGGACGACCGCAUCAUCCGGACCGACUGGGAUGCUGGGUUCAAGGAGGGGAGGCAGUAUGGGAGAGGAAAGACUGGAGGACAGGUGCGAGAUGAGUACCGGACAGACUACGAUGUGGGAAGAGGUGGCUUCGGCAAGAUCAUUCAGAUGCAGAAGGCAAAUCACCAGCCUGCAAUCUAUUAACUGCUGUGUGGUUCCUAGGUCAUAGAGGGCUCUGUCCUUCCAGAGCUAGCCCUGUUGUCGCAUUUGGGAUCGGGGUAUGGAGUGAGAUCCAAGUUCCAGCAAAAGGUGGCCCUCCUUAGACUGUGGAUAUACAUGUAUUCAUUCUCCCUUCCUUCUGAGCUAGAGAGGAUGUUCUGUGCUGAUACAGGGCAACAAGGGGAAAAAAAAAAGGACAGCUCUGCAGGAUUCUGGGCAAGAAGAAAUGCAGCAUGUCACACACACCUUAUGCUAUGACAUCCUCUUCAUGUUGCAGCUAAAGCAGGUGGCUUCCUCCAAGCUGCAACUGCAGCCAUGGUUGCUUUCAAAUGGGAUAUUUUAAGAGCUUAGCACCAUCUGAGCCCUCCAGGUGCUUCGUGGGGAUGCACAAGAGAUUCAGGUUUCUUAUUUACAACCUCACCUGCUUAAAAAGCAGUAUCACCGUUUGGAUGAGAGACGUGGAACAAGUCUUAUUAUCCACUUGGAGGUGCUUGUCUGCACAUCUAGCCCUUUGUUUGGUCAGGGCCUGCAGAGCAUUUCUCCUUGUGAUGCCCCAGCACUGCCUGGCUUUUCAGAUCCUUGCUGUUCAGUGUGAUUUUGUUAAAAAGUUUCUGUUAAUUUUUUAAAUAAACAGUUGUAUUGGCUCUG